AUGCCAGCUUUAAUUGGUGGAUUCGGUAACUUCUUACUUCCAUUAGGAUUAGGAGGACCUGAUAUGGGAUUCCCUAGACUUAAUAAUAUAAGUUACUUAUUAUUAAUACCUAGUAUUGUUCUUUUCUUAUUUGCAGGUGGAAUAGAAAAUGGUGUAGGUAUACAAAGUCAUAGUGGUCCAAGUGUGGACUUAGCUAUCUUUGGAUUACACCUUUCUGGUAUAAGCUCCCUUUUAGGAGCUAUGAAUUUGGUCAUGACAACUACAUUUAACAUGAGAAGUCCUGGUAUAAGAUUACAUAAACUAAUCUUAUUUGCUUGA